AUGAGUAUCUUCAUUGAUACUGGAGACUACUGGACUCAGAGUCAACCUGCAGGAACUGCCGAAAAUGCGCCAACCGAGGUGACCAAUUCUCGGGAUUCCCCCGAAAUCAUCGACCUUACUCUUGAAGACGAAGUGGAGAUCGUCCUGCCUGACAAGCUCACUCGCGAAUGCCGCAUCAGUGGCUUCAACCCCGCGGACUUCCUGACAGACGGCCAGUACAUCGAAUACUUGCAGCAUCUGGAACAGUUGGAACAGCAGCCAAAGGAGGUCCCAGAAGUUGUGGUUGACUACGUGGUCUACAAACCGGGCGUCUCAGUGCUCCUGCAGGACGAUUCAUUUCUACGCAUUGAAAAGGUGCUGCAGAAGGCCGGAGAAGUCAAUUUUCAUGGUCGCCGUCUUUUUGCGAACGUGGACCCUCGCGUUACGAACCACAUCGAACAUGGCGUCCCAAAGAAAUACUACGAGCUUGUCUGGAUUGCUCACGAGGACGAGCCCAUAUCUUUGAAUCAGGUCAAGAGAAUUUGCAAUAUUCGCUUUACGAAUCUUCGCACCACCAACAGCCAAACCGAUUUGACCUGCCGCCUCAAGCUCACCUUCACGCCGAAGAACGUGGCUGGCACUACAAAGGACGAGUAUGCCAUUGAGUACCUCAGCUAUGUGGAGGCAGAUGAAGGCUUCCGAAUGAGUUCUGUUGAUCUGCGAACUCAAUGGCGUGGCCACACAGUACGAUUCGGAGAAGCCGAAUUAUCAACCACUCCCUCAGCAGCGAUCGACAUUGACCAUCCUACAACUUCCGUUGUUGAUCUCACCGACGAGGCAACUCGGACAUACACAUUCGGUGAUGCUUUCUGCGGUGCUGGCGGUCUGUCUUGUGGAGCUCGAGAGGCAGGUCUGAGCAUCCGAUGGGCGUUUGAUCUGAGCACACAUGCCAUUACUACAUACGGCCGGAACUUUCCUGGCGUCUUGCUCGAGAAUGCAUCGAUCUAUGACUUUCUGACCAACGAUGAUGCGUUUCUCAGAGUCGAUGUCCUUCAUUGCUCCCCGCCCUGCCAGCCCUUCUCACCCGCACACACCGUCAAUUGCGAUCGUGACGACGCCAACUCCGCCUGCGUGUUCUCUUGCGAGAACCUCCUCCUUCGAGCGAAGCCGCGAGUUCUAACGAUCGAAGAGACCCACGGUCUAGCGGAGAGACAUAAGCUCGUGUUCGGAAGAGUCAUCCUCGAUCUUGUGGAGAAUGGAUAUUCAGUGCGCUGGGCAAUUUUGGAUUGUCUGAACUAUGGAGUUCCCCAGUCACGCAAGCGACUCUGCAUCAUCGCCGCUGGACCCGGCGAAGCUCUCCCACGGCUUCCUCUCCCGACACAUGGAGAUAGAGAUAAUCUUCAACCGUUUGCCUCAAUUUACUCCGCCAUCCAUGAUAUCCCCGACGAUGCAGACGACCAUGACCUCCCUUCAGCCCUUGAGCGCUACCGGCUCCUAGGAUAUCGCAAUCCUUACGAUGAACAUGGCCCGGCAAGAACCAUCACCUGCGGCGGAGGCGAAUUUAACUACCACCCGACCGGGAAGAGAGUCUUUACCACCAGGGAGUUUGCGUGCCUACAAACCUUCCCACUGGAAUUCCAGUUCUCGGAGCGAGAAGCUCGCAAGCAGAUUGGCAAUGCUGUGCCGCCCCGAUUUGCGGCUGCGAUUUACAGGCAGCUCUACCAUUCGCUGAGGGAGACGGACCGCAGGGAGUCAUUAGGUGAUAGGAGCUGUCUUUGA